CCUUGUAUUUUGUGUAGUUGGCUACUCAGCUUCAGAAGACUGCUUCUUCUACUCCUUCCUAACUCUUACUCACAGAAAAUGGACCCUUCAACAACAACACCUUUCUUCAUUCUUCCUUCAAACUAACAAGCAAAAUUAUCCCUUAAUUUCCUCUUAAACCCUUUCAUACUGCAGAAUAGCUCCUCUUCUCUCAGUUUGCUGACAAGUUCUUUUCUUCCCUCUUUUUUCUCUCUAUUUAUUGGGUCAAAUUUCUGCUUCUUCAACCCCUUUUAAUUUCCUUGUUUUUCUCACCAAAAUUAAUACCCUUUUUUUCACCAAAGUCAAAAUCUUUUUUGGGUAUAAAGAAAAUUCUGAGGAACAAUUGUAAAAACUUCCCCUGUUUUUUCCUCUGUUUUCCCCUGUUUUUUUUUUUUUUAGAUUGAAUUUUAUAAUGAUGGGUGUUCAAAAGUUGUAUUUUCAUAAAUCCCAAUUCAUUUUUCUAUUCAGGAAAAUGAUUUUAUUAAUUAGGAUUUUAUGGGUAUCUUUCUUUACUCUAUUUGGUAUGACAAGGAAAUGUAUUUUUAGAUUUAUAACUCAGAAAAAGGAUUCCAAUAUUAAGUUGAUUCAACCACAAGAAGAACAUCAAACUAAUGAAAAAAUUGAGGUGGAAAGUAUAAUUGAGGAGGAAUCAGAGCCAGUUCUCAGGUUUCGUUUUCCAACUUUUAAAGAAUUUCUUCAAAAUAAUGAUGUUAAUAAUAAUGAUGCUCAAUCUACAAGUUACUCAAAAUUAUGUGAAAAUCUAGAUGAAAAUCAUCAUGUUGAGUCUAAAGAUGAUUGUGUGAAAUCUGAAAUCGAUACGACUGUGAAAGCUUCCCAUGAAUUCUUACAUGUUGAAGAGAUUUCUAAGCGCGGAAUUGGUUCAGAAUGUGAGGUUUUUGGGAGUGAGAAAAAUGGGAUUAUAUUUGAUGAAUUUCUUCAUGUAGCAAAUGUUAUUGAGGAUAAUUUAAAUGUAAUGAAAAUUGAAAAUGGCGAAGAAUUGUGUGGAAUUUGGAAUGAUUCAAUGAUUAAGGUAAAUGUUGCGAAAAAUGUCAAUGAGGUUCCUAGUGAUGCUAAGUCCUUGGUGAAUAAUUCGACGAAUGAUGAAGAUAUCAUGAAAAAUGGUAGUGAGAUUCCUAGUGAUGCUAAGUCCUUGGUGAAUGGUUCGAUGAAUAUUGAAGAUAUCAUGAGAAAUGGCUGUCAUCUUCCUAGUGAUGAUGAGUCUAUAGUAUCGGAUUUGGACCUAGAUUCAUUGGCUCCGAGCAGUGAGUCCAGCUUUAGGAGUUCGUUUAUUGAUUCUUUUAGUGAUGGAUUCUUGUCUGAUAUUGAUUUCGAGAGGGCAUUUGAGGUUGAUACUUCAAUGGAAUUUGGUUGGAAUGAGGUUAAUUUAACUAAGGAAGCCUUAGAAAAAGAAGACUUAGAGUUUCAAAAUUUGAGCAAAGGGUAUGAAGCUGAUGAUUUCGAUGAUGAGGAUGAUGAUAUACUAGAUGAGCUCAAGAAGUUAGAGUCCAAUUUUGAAGGUGAUGAUAAUGGUGAUUCCAACAAAGAACAUGAAGCAAACAUGGAAACUGAACCCGAAAAGAAACAAGAUGAAGAAAAACAAAGUUCAGGAGAACAAUUAUCUUCAGAUUCUGAUGAGCAAAAUGGGCUUGAAACACAAUGGGAGCACCAAGAUUUAGUAGAACAGUUAAAAAUGGAGAUUAAGAAAGUUCGAGCUAUAGGGCUUCCAACUAUCUUAGAAGAGUCUGAGUCUCCGAAAAUAAUGGAUGAUUUGAAGCCGUGGAAGAUUGAAGGAAAGUAUAAAUUAGGCGGUACAUUGGAUGAAUUAAACAAGUUUUACAAGAGCUACAAAGAAAGGAUGAGGAAAUUGGAUAUCCUCAACUAUCAAAAGAUGUAUGCAAUUGGAUUUCUUCGGCUGAAAGACCCACUUAAAUCAAUUUCGAAGAACAGAAUUUCAACCCCGGCAUUAGCAACAAUUGUUUCCCUUGAUUGCUGGCCUUGUAAGCCGAAAUUAUCAACAGAAAUUAACCAACCAGUUAUGAAGAAAUUCAGCAGAGAACUGGAGAGCGACUUGGAGAUGGUGUAUGUAGGACAGAUGUGCCUGUCAUGGGAGUUCCUUCGAUGGCAGUAUGGUAAGGCAUUGGAUUUAUGGGACACCGAUCCACAUGGUAUACACCGGUACAAUGAAGUUGCAGAUAAGUUUCAGACAUUCCAAGUUCUCCUGACAAGAUUCUUAGAGGAUGAGCGAUUUCAAGGUCCAAGGGUGCAAAAUUAUGUCAAGAAUCGAUGUGUUCAACAAAAUCUUCUUCAAGUUCCUCUCAUUCGAGAUGAUAAUGCAAGGGAUAGAAAGAAAGAAAAAAAAUUCGUCAGCAGCAAAGAUGCCAUUACAAGUUUACAGCUUGUAGAGGUCAUUGAGGAUUCAAUUCGUGUAUUAUGGCGGUUUAUCAGAUCUGAUAAAGACACGACCUACAUAGGUCUGUUGAAAUGUCGAAGAAACUCCAAUGCUGAACUCCAAAACCCAGCAGAUGCCAGUCUCUUAGAUCAAAUUCAAUCCAGUCUACAAAAGAAAGAAAAGAAGCUCAAAGAUCUAGUAAGGAGCGGGAAGUGUGUACUGAAAAAAAUCCAAAAGCAUCAACAGGAAGAAGGUUCAGACAAUGUUUUAUAUUUCUUUUCGCAGGUUGAUUUGAGACUCAUUUCAAGGGUAUUGAACAUGCCAAGAAUAACUACAGAGCAAUUAGUUUGGUGCAGCGAUAAGCUUAACAACAUUCGCUUGGUUGACAGAAAAUUGCACGUAGAUACCUCAGUAGUUUUGCUGUUUCCUAGUUAAUUGGUAAAAAUAAGGAUGUUGCCGAGUUUUAGAUAUAUAGUGAUUUUUGUAUAGUUAGAAUGUGAAUAAAAAGAGGUUUUUUUUAGUAUACCUUUGGAAUACAGAAUAUGAAUAAAAGAGUUGAUAGGAAAUUAGGUAAAAGAUGUACAAUUUUUUGCAUCUUUGCAUAAUUGCAUGCAGAAAUUUUGGAAUGCAUGAUAGAUUGUAUAAGACUUGAUAAUGUACAUCAAAUUCCAAAUAAUAAUGCUCUGGUUGAUCCUGUAA